AUGUCCACCUCCAUACCCGUUUCCAUGGCCACCACCACAACGCAAUCUUUACCGUUUUCACUUCCCCAACUCAAACCACCCUCUCCCUCUCCUUCACUCUUCCGCCGCACGUUCUUUCCCAACUCAAAUCUCAAAGCCCUCCCCAAACGCGCCGUUUCCUUCACUUUCUCACCAACGCUCCCCAACCGAACCCACAAACCCAGACACACGGCGGCAAAAUCCUCCGGAGCCGACACCGGAAGUACCUCCAACUCCUCCUCGCUCACCCAAACCGUUUUCGGUGUUCUUCAUUUGGUGGUGUCCCUGGGCCUUAUUCUGGCGGCGGACAAGUUUCUGAAGAAAGCGUUUGUGGCUGCGUCGAUCAAAUUCCCGAGCGCGUUGUUUGGGAUGUUCUGCAUAUUCUCGGUUCUGAUUACUCUCGACGCCACCGUGCCCUCUGCCGCUACGGCAUUGAUGAGCUUCUUCGAGCCGGCGCUUUUGUUCAUUCAGAGAUGGCUUCCGCUUUUUUAUGUCCCCUCUCUCGUUGUUCUGCCCCUUGCCGUCAAAGAUGUUCCCGCUGCCUCUGCCCUCAAAAUUGGCCUUAUUUUAGUUGGAGGAUGGCUAGCAACACUUUGCGUUGCUGGUUACACGGCUAUAGCAGUAAGAAAAGCUGUGAAAACAGAGUUGGUAGAAGCUGAGCCUAUGGGAAAGCCGUCUCCAUUUUCUGCAGCUGAAGUGUGGACAUGUACUGCUGUUCUCAUUGUAUCGUUUGUUUCUGCAUUGUUUUACCCUACAAUACUGGGUACAAGUGCCAGAACAUGCCUUCCGUUUUUGCUUGCAGCCACAGUGUUAGGUUACAUGGUUGGCUCCGGGUUGCCAUCAAAUGUGAAGAAGGUCUUCCAUCCUAUAAUUUGCUGUGCAUUAUCAGCAGAUCUGACAGCAUUUGCUUUUGGGUAUUUUUCCAAGUCAGGGCUUGAACCUGUGCUAGUCCUGUCCCAAGCUUCCAAGCCAUAUGCAUUGUACUGGAAUGGUAAUCUCAUUAAGUCUUGGCUUGUCACAACUGUGAAAUUCAUAAAGCGAUAUUACCUUACAAAGGCAUCCUCUAAUCCUGGAGCUGGUGAUAUUUUAAUGGGAUUUUUGGGAUCUGUCAUUCUCUCAUUUUCCUUCUCUAUGUUCAAGCAAAGAAAGCUUGUGAAAAGACACGCAGCUGAGAUCUUCACCUCUGUCAUCAUCUCAUCAGUAUUCUCACUGUAUUCAACUGCCCUUGUUGGACGUCUUGUUCAAUUAGAACCAUCUUUAACUGUAUCCAUCCUACCCAGAUGUAUCACAGUGGCAUUGGCCCUCAGUAUUGUAUCCUUGUUUGACGGUGCCAAUUCAUCGCUCACAGCAGCUGUGGUUGUAUUAACUGGUCUGGUUGGAGCAAAUUUUGUGCAAGCAACCCUCGAUAGACUCAGUUUUCGUGAUCCAAUAGCUCGGGGAAUUGCAACUGCUUCUAGCGCUCACGGGCUUGGAACAGCAGCUUUGUCUGCCAAGGAACCCGAGGCUCUCCCAUUUUGUGCCAUUGCUUAUGCUCUGAAUGGCAUUAUGGUGACAGACCCUGUGAAAAAUAUUGAAGUGGGCCCACUUUCAAAAUCCUCCAUGGAACCACAUCCAGAAUCCCCUACGGGAAUACAUUAUUCUCCAGGAGCUUCUCCUAAAUCUAAGCAUAUCAUUGACACAGCUGUGCCUUUUGAAUCUGUCAAAGAUGCUGCGUCCAAAUUUGGAGGAAGAAUUGAUUGGAGAUCUCGUCGAACCCAGAGUCUGUUGGAUGAGAGAAGCAAGAUUGUAGAAGAUUUUAGAAUGGAAGAAACAAUUGAGGAGUUGGAAAACACCAAGAAGCUUACACAAGAACUCAGAAUUAAGUUAGAAAAGGUAGAAAAAUAUGAGCUUCAAGCAAAACAAGAGGCUGAACGCGUGUUUCUCAAAAUUGAAGAGGUGGAGCAGGACCUUGUAAGUGAAGCUAGUAUUGAAGCCAAGGCUGAACUUGAGGCUCAAAAAGCCAAGCAUACUGAAGCGCUUUCAGAAUUAGAGUUCACUAAAAAGGAACUGGAUUCACUGCGUAAGCAGUAUGCUUCUAUGGCGAGUGGAAGAGAUACAGCAAUCAACAAUGCAGAAGAGACUGUUGCAGCAUCCAAGCAGAUUGAAAAGGAAGUGGCAGAUUUGACUGCUGAGUUGAUUGCGACACAAGAGGCACUAUACUCCUCACGAGCCGCACACUUGGAAGCAGAACAACGAGGAUUAGGAGUCAUUGUUGAAGAGACUCACAAUUUGAAGAUGGAAGUUGAGCAAGCAGAAGAGGAGAUCCAAAGACUAAAUGAGCAAAUUUUAUCAGUCAGGGAUCUUAAAUCUAAAUUGGAAACAGCUUCCUCUUUACUACUUGAAUUGAAAGCUGACAUGGCAACAUAUAUGGAAUCAAAGGUAAAAGACGAAUUUUACAAAGAACAGAUUGAGGAACUUGAGGAACUAAAGAAGAACAUAGAGAAAGCAACUUCUGAUGUUAACAGCUUGAGGGAGGCUUCUAUGUCACUAAAAGCAAAAUUAGAAGAAGAGAAGUCAGAUCUUGCUGUCCUUAAGCAACGUGAGGAAAUGGCUUCGGCUUCGGCUGUGAAUCUCCAAACUGAACUGGAGAAGUCCAAGACUGCCGCAAUUUUCAGUGAGAUGAAAGAGAAUGAAGCAAGAGAGAUGAUGAUUGAGCUGCCCAAGAAACUGCAGAAAGCCACAGAAGAGGCUGAUGAGGCCAAAUCACUUGCUCAGGCUGCUCAAGCAGAGCUGCUGGAAGCACAAGAAGAAUUUGAAGAAGUCAGGGCCAGAGCAGCUACAUUAGAAAGUAGUUUAUUGGCAGCACAGAAGGAGAUUGAAGCAGCCAAGGUUGCUGAGAUGUUGGCCAGAAAUGCAAUCACAGCAUUGGAGAAGAGUGAAUCAAUUAAAGGCGACAAUGAGAAUAACUUUUCCACAAUGAUGACACUCACACUAGAUGAAUACCAUGAGCUCAGCAGGAGAUCCUAUCAGGCUGAGGAGGAAGCCAAUACUAGGAUUGAAGCUGCUAAUUCUCGGAUUAAGAUAGCAAGGGAGUCUGAAUUUAAAAGCUUGGAGAAGUUAGAAGAAUUGAAUGAGGAGUUGUCAAUAAGGAAGGAAACUUUGAAUAUUGCAACUGGGAAUGCUGAAAAGGCCACUGAAGGAAAGUUAGCUGUAGAAGAUGAACUAAGAACUUGUAGGGUUGAACAAGAGCUACAAGAGAAGGCCAAUGAAGUGAAUGACCAAAUUGCUGCUGCAAUUGAGCCUGAGCAUGAGUCAUCAAACCCAACGGAAACAGUUCCUUCAACUAACACUGAAACUGGAUCAGCCUCAGAAAAGAGCAAAAAGAAGAAGAAGAAGAAAUCAUUAUUUCCAUCAAAGGUUGUCAUGUUCUUUGCAAAGAAGAAAACACAUCCAACCAAGUGA